AUGAGUCACUCGUCAAAGGCCAAUAACGCCGCGAAUGUCAAACAGGGUGCUUUUAGGCCCUCAGUUCCUCGCGAAGGGCCAGUUACCACUGAGGGUCAUCCAGUCAACGAGUUUGACCAGCGCUCCGAAAACCGCGCUCAGGCAUUCCCUCCCGGCUCAGCCCCAGCAAGCGACUCCUAUAGCGGCGAGCCCAGUGAAAACUACAACCUCAAUAUGAACGAGGAGGAAGAAGAAGGGACUACCUACACAUCGGCUGCGGAUAUGUUUACGGGAGCCACCUCUGGGGAUGUGAACCGCGGCCUAGGCAGACCGAUGCACGGCCAGACCAGCACGGAGGUUAGACAUAACGGCGCGCACGGCCGCAAGAAGCAACCAUCCGGCCUGGAAGGUAUUGGCAAUUCUAUGUAA